AAUAAACGCGGCUGCUGCGUACGCCCAAAAAAACCAGAGAGACAACAGACUCUUGUCUCCUCAAUCGAUUCCAGCUCUAGAGAUCGCACGAAAGUUUAUCAAUCCAUCGUCAAUCCUUCUGUUUUCGAAACAUCUGGUGAUUUUAAUCAAAGAUCAUCGUUGAGUUCAAACGAUUUUAUUUUCGGAACUUGUGUUUCCGGUCGGUGUAAACUGAUUUGUUUUCUUUGAUCGUAUGGUAUUUUGAUAAUUUCGAUGGAAUAUUGUGGUGGGUUUUUAUUGUUUUGAAAUGGGUCAUGGAGAGUUUCGGGUUUGUGAAGGAAUUUGUGUAGAUUUUUUUGUUUGAAUUUUGGUUUUAUUUUUUGAUGAUCUCUUUGGGACCUUGGAAUGCGAGGAAGGGCUUAGAAUUAGAGUUUGGUGGUGGUGUUAAGAGAGAUAUGGAGGAGUCUGAGCUUGAAGAAGGAGAAGCUUGCUCCUACAAUAACAACAACGACGAUUAUAAUACCAACAUGGACCCUGAUAUUGAUCUCUCUUACAUUGAUGAAAAACUUCAACAUGUUUUGGGACACUUUCAGAAAGAUUUUGAAGGUGGAGUUUCUGCUGAGAAUUUGGGAGCAAAAUUUGGUGGCUAUGGAUCAUUUCUACCUUCUUAUCAGCGGUCUCCUGUUUUGUCUCGUCCGAGGACUCCGCCAAAAGUUCAGACCUACAAUGCACCUAUUUCACCAAAUGACUUGAAUCAAGCGGUCGUUCAUUGUGACUCCACGGCACUAUCAACUAUGACUCAGUCAGUGAGCGUUGGAUCUGCUUCUCAUAAUGGCUCUUCAUUGCCUUCACUGAAGGCUUCCUCCAUUAAUGAUAUGUUUAAUCAAGACGUACUCCCACCCACUCAUUGUUCUGAAGGUUUUACCGCUGCACAUGAAUCUGCAAACAGGAAAUCUCCUAAUUUUCCAGAUAAAAAAACACUGAGGUUCCGAGUCAUAAUGGGUUCUGAUAAAUUGUCAACAGGAAAGAAUACUGAAAUAUACAGUGGUCUUGGCCUUGAUGGGUCGCCAUCUUCAUCACUUGGUGAGAGUCCUUCAGAAAGUGAAGGGAUGUCUCAUGAACAUCUUGAGGCACCUUUUGAAUCUCCGACAAGUAUCAUACAGAUCAUGACUUCCUUUCCAGUGCUUGGAGGUUUGUUGUUAUCACCUCUUCCUGAUGCUCUAACGCACUUGAAAGAAAAGGAAAAGCUGCCAAAAUACACUGGAUCCAUGCCUGUUCGGAUGGUUGGUCCAAGUAGUUCCACGACUAAACCAAAUGCGGCUCAUUCUUCGAGGGGUGAUGGGAAGGUGUCAGGAGAGAAGAAAACAAAUUCAGUAGAGAAGAAUGAUGUUUCUACAGAAAGAGAAUAUAAGCUUGGCAGUAGUAGAGAUGCUCAGAAUGGCAUUGGUGCUAUGUCACAAAAUGAGGCAGACCUUGACACAUUGGCUUGUGAGGAGCUUGUUUCUAAUACCUUAAAGCUUCCACUCCUGUCUAAUGCACAUACAAAAGUUGAUGACUCAGCAAAAGUCAUGGGUAGGAUGUCUGAUAUGUCCAAAGAUGCUUGCAAGGGUAUAAUGAGGGAAAGAGUCUCCUCUGAUUGCACGAAAGAUGAACCUUCGGGGUCAAUUUUCGCCCAAGAGGAUGACUGGGUUAGGAAUUCAAAGUCUGAUCGAGUUCUGAAAGUUCGGGAAGACAGAAGUGUUAGUCGUCUUGACAAAGUUUCAGACUACCCAAGGAAGGACCUGGAAGGAGAAAAACCACACAACUCUGUCAAGACUGACUCAAAUUUUCCCAAGGGAGGGAAUGUGGAACUUACCGAUCUCCCCAAGAAAAAGGCCUACCAAAGAGUUAUUUCACAGGGAGAAGAAAUUAUGCGGUUACCUCCUGACAAGGAGCAACCAUCUUCUGGGGGAAAAAAGAAAGUGAAGGCCAGCAAAAGCCAUAAUAUCCUAGAUGCAGAUGUGUCAAAAGAAAGCUCAAGGGUUAGCUCUUCUUUGGUGCCAAAAAAUAAUAAGGGUUCUCAUGAUGGUUUUGCAACUAAAAAAGAAUGUGAAGAUUCAAAACUGCCAAAAACCACUGGAAAGGCUGAAGAUACCUAUAGAGAAAUUUUUGGUGACAUGGUAGAAUUAGAAAAAGAAGAAAAACAAUUAAGUUCGCUGGAAAUGCUUGGUGAAGAAAGGCUGAGGAAUGCUAUGGUCGUCCAAAAAAACACAUAUUUCAGUAGCAAUGCUGUAAAAGAGAGGUCAACUAGUAAGAAAAUUGACAAGGCAUCUACAUCAGAAGCAUAUCCUCAAGCAACUUCAAAAGUUGCUUCUCGCCCUGGAAAUGGACCUUUUUGUGAUGCAGCUUCUGCGGCAGCUGCCUCUGAGGAUAAUUGGGUCGGUUGUGACAAAUGUCAGAAAUGGCGGCUUCUUCCACCUGGUACAAAUCCGAAUGACCUACCUGAGAAGUGGCUGUGUAGCAUGCUUGACUGGCUGCCUGGGAUGAAUCGAUGUAGUUUCAGCGAGGACGAAACAACAAAUGCCCUCUUUGCAUUCUACCCAGUCCCUACUCUAGAUAAUCAAAAUAAUCUUCAAAGUAAUCCUGGUGGCGCUGUAUUGGAAGGUAUCUUUGCUGAUUCUCUUAACCCCAAUGAAAAUGACUUGAGAUUUGGUAUGCAUGCCAUGGCUGCUGGUGGUGGCAAGAAGAAGCAUGGUCCAAAAGAAACAUCAAAUGCAGCAGAUAAAGCUGGUCCCUUUCAGUCAUCAAAUACUGUGAAGAAGAGCAUGCAGACAUCUGUCAGAAAUGGAAGCUUAAAUGAUAAUAAUCCAUCUCCUGGGGUAAGCGAACCUUGUUUUCCGCAGCUAAGCAGGCAAAGUGAGUUCGCUCCGGAGAGGCACAAACAUAAGCAAAUAGAGAAGCACAAAUUACAAGAGAACAAUUCUACUGGAGGUAUUACCAAGGGUUCUAAGUUAAAAAGCAGAAGACACUCCGAUCUUAAUGGUUUAACUGCAUCAAAGAAAAUCAGGACUGAUAGUUUGCAUUGUACAGAUGAAGCUUGGAUGUCUGAUCAUGGUGAGGGUCUGGGGAAGGUGGGCCAUAGUUCAGGCGCUGGUUCACAUAUUGUUUCAUCUGGGAAGGAUUGGCCUAGAUGCAAUGAACGCUCUUCUUCUAAGGACAUAAAACAUGAUAAAAAGAACAGGCUACAAUUUUCUGGUAAACAUCCAAAAGACCAAGUUGUGGCAUCCUUGGAUAAUGGGUCCAUGCGUGUAGAAAAUAGUGAAGCUAGAGACAUCACGGUGAAAAAGAGGAGAAUGAAGGAAAAUAGGGACUCUGAGAUUUAUCCAGGGUCUAUUUCUAAUACAGUGCAGCAUCUCCAGGACGACAAAAUCUUUCCGAGGGAAGUGUUCAGUGAGAGUGACAAUAGGAAGGCAAAGAAGGCCCAUAUAUCCAAGUCUGAGGGAAAACAGUCUAUUGCAAGUAAAGGCAAUGGUAGAACAGACAAAAAAGGCAGUCACAAAAAGAUCCAGCAAACAAGGCUAGAUCCAGGGAGCAAUCUGUCCCAGCAGAGCUUGGAAGGUAUGGAUUCUUUGAAAAGGGAUUCUGGACGCAUACAGCCUUCUGCAGCUGCUACUUCAAGCUCUUCUAAGGUUUCUGUUUCCACUAAAAGCAAAGCCAGCUUUCUUGAAGUAAAGGGCUCACCAGUGGAAUCAGUUUCAUCUUCUCCUAUGAGAGUUGAGAAUCCAGAUAAGUUCACUUCGGCAAAAAAGUCUCUUAUGGUGAAAGACGACUCUUGCAAUGCUGAUCACUUUGGCAUAAGUAAUCCAAGAAGAUGCUUCGAUGGUGAAAAUGGAGGUGAGGGUAAUCUAUUAGGGAAAGCGAGGAAGGAGAAACAUUCUGAAAAGGUGCGUCAUGGUUCUCAUGAGUCCUUUGUGCUUGAUUUUCCAGACAAGGGCUUAAGCCACUUAUCUGAUAAAGGUGAAGGACAUACUGCACCCUCUUUUGAUAUUGCAAACCACCACGUUGCAAAUGGUGAUGCUAAUCAGACGGACCAAAAUUCUCGAUAUCACAGUAAACCAACAACUUUGGACCAAGACCUUAAUGAGGAAAGACAGAAUGAAAAUAAUUAUCGUGCCAAUGGAUCUGGAAAGGGUUCGUCCUUGCAUUCUAAGGCUAAGAACCAGAAUUCUAAUUCCAAGUUUGGGGUAAACAAUUACAAGCUCGCUGGUCCUAUCGAUGCAUUGCAAGAUCGUCAAACUUCCUCUAAAGUAAAACCUACACCAAAGCAGUUUCUGCUGCAAAACUGCAAUGGAGAAAGAUAUUCAAAGAGGUUCCUGUCUCAUGAAGCUUAUAAAGUGGAGACAGUCACUGGGCAAGGGAAAUCACUAUCAGCAGAACCCUCUGAACAAGCUCAAAAUGGGGCGAUAUCUGGAUUAUUCGCGCCAGAUUCUGGUUCCCAAAAUGGAAAGGGAGCAAACAAUUUGCCAUUAGAAUCCUCUGAAGGGGAAAACGGGUUGAAGGCUCCUAGACAGUUGAGAAAUCCUGAUCAUCAGAGUAGGAAUCAGCAGAUUAUCCCAAGACAUCCCACUGCAAAUGAGCACAAGGUUGGGGAUCCUGAUGCCCCAAGUCCAGCUAGAAGGGAUUCCUCCAGUCAUGCUGCAGGCAACCUUAUCAAAGAGGCUAAAAAUUUAAAGCACAUGGCAGAUCGCCUCAAGAAUUCUGGGUCCUCCAGUUUAGAGAGUACAGGGCUGUACUUUCAGGCUGCUCUCAAGUUUCUUCAGGGUGCCUCUCUAUUAGAAUGUGGUGGUAGUGAAAGCAGGCGUGGAGAGAGUCAGUCAUAUUAUGGUAGCACUGCGAAACUCUGCGAAUUUUGUGCACAUGAAUAUGAAAAAUGCAAAGUCAUGGCUAAUGCUGCUCUGGCAUACAAAUGUAUGGAGGUGGCAUACUUUAGGGUAAUUUAUUCCAAACAUGCCAGCGCAAACAAAGAUCGGCAUGAGUUGCAGACGGCUCUACAAAUAGGUGAGUCACCUUCUUCUUCUGCUUCGGACAUUGAUAACUUGAACCAGCCAACAGUGGAUAAGGUUUCGUUACCCAAAGGUGUCAGCCCUCCUCAAGUUGCUGGAAAUCCUGUCAUUGCUGCUCGAAACCGUUCACAUUUUGUGAACUUGCUUGAUUUUGCUCAGGAUGCAAUUUGUGCCAUGGAAGCCACUAGAAAAUCGCAGAUUGCUUUCGAAGCUGCAAAUGUAAGCUUGGCAGGAGGUCCAUACAAAGAUGGUAUUUGUUCAAUUAAAAGGGCUCUUGAUUUUAACUUUCGAGAUGUAGAGGGAUUACUACAUCUGGUACGACUUGCAGUGGAGGCCAUCGGCCAUUAGAGUCGCGGUGUUUGUGGGCACUCUGUUAUCCGGAUGAAGAAAGUUUUCAUUUGGUUGGUGUAUUCUUGGGUACCAAGACUCUGAGAAGGAAAGAAGACUUGAGCUGAAUUUUUGCUGCUGCAGUACUUCUGUUAGAAACUCUUUUGCUCAACAACUCGACGAGUUCUGUACUUAUGUGCAGUACAUGACAAAUCAGAAUUUUCAGUGUGUCUUUUCCAUGAUUUCUGCUUCCUUUCUGACAUGAGAGAGGACCAGAACUACAGAAUCCAUAUCAAGAUUGAUACUGGGUGUUCAUAAGGUGUCUGGAGAAAUAAUAUUGUGCUUUGUACAAAUAGUCAUAUAGAGUCAAACUGGAGACUGGUUGAAGAAGUUAAUGUGUACAGAGAAAACCAGGUGAAAAUGUGAUGUGUUAUAGUUCAGAUACAGAGGUUGCCCAUCUUUGGGGCAUUUUUCACUGAGACUUUUGAGUCCUUCUGUCCUGCUAAUUUGUCACCUAAUGAUUUCUUUGGGAUAUUUUUUGAAGGCGAAAACCUUUACAGGGAACUCAGACAGUUAACCUUCUUUUGUCCCUUUGUGUCCGGAAAACAUACUAGAUGAUUGCAGUCUCAGGUUGUAUCCAGCUUAAAUCCUGUUCUUUGUGGUUUUUAGAGACAAAGUAGGAAGAGGUUAGAUAGAAAUAUAUGUAGGCAGCGGGAAUAUUGAUUUGUAGCAUACUCAUGUUGGUUCAAUAACUACGGCGCUGGGGUUAUUUUCAUAAGAGGGGUUAUUGUUGUAUGUAUAUACAAUCAUGGACCUGCACUUACUCUGGAAUAAGCGUAAGUUUUUUAGAACUAGAGGGGGUUCACAGAAAUAUCAUCCACGAGCGCUCUUUGCUCGAGGGGUUUGAGUAAGGCAGGCCGUUCUGCAUACACUGCAGCAGCAGCAGCAGCAGCAGCAGCAUUCAGCAGAGAAUUGCUUCCUUCUUGAUUUAUCUCCUUUAUACUCGCAUUACCGACAAAUGAAAUCGACCUCAUUAUAGUAACCCUGCUCACAAACUGUAAUACAGGCACUGUAGCAUAAACAUUUGUUCGAGUUGUCUUAAUAAAAUUUUGAUGAAAUGAGUUUUAUGGUGGGAGAUCAUCAGAAUGCA